CUGUGAAGACCAGAUACACACCCUACUCAAAGAAGGUGGGGAUGAAGGCUGCAGCAGUGGCGGUAGCAGCGCUAAACUCCCACAACAUUCCCAUCCUCUCCCAAAGGGCCAGCUCCUCACAGCCAGCCAUUCCCAGUUUUCCAAACACUCCGGCUCUUCCCAGUCCACCCGUCAUUCCGUCCCCCCCGGCCCCCCAAACCGCCCCUCCUCCUGCUGUCCAGGAUGCUGCGGCGCCGGACGAUCUGAGCAAAGCCCUGCGCACGCUCCCCGGCCGACACCUCAAGCGCUUCAGCUCCCGCUGGCAGGCCAGUGUGCUCGGCUCUGACCGGAACGGCGACCGGAACGGCCCAGCGAACCCUGCCACCAAACACAUCCAGCGGAAUCAGCGCUGCAAGCUGCUCGGCGACGAGAGCGCCGUCGUCAUGGGGAUGAAGCGACAGCGCUACGUGACCAAGGACGGGAAGUGCCGCGUGAACCUGGGGCCCAUCAAGGACAAGAGCCGCUUCCUGUCGGACAUCUUCACCACGCUGGUGGACCUCAAGUACCGCUGGUUCCUGUGCGUCUUCACCGCCUGCUACCUCAGCACCUGGCUGGCGUUCGGACUCGUCUACCUCCUGGACGCCUGGCUCCGGGGCGACGUGGCUCACGCCGGCGACCCCGACUGGCCAGCCUGCUUCGAGAACGUGGACGGCUUCCUGUCGGCGCUGCUGCUGUCGGUGGAGAGCCAGCGCACGAUUGGCUACGGCAGCCGGCAGGUGUCGGCGCACUGCUGGGAGGGGGUGCUGCUCAUCAUGCUGCAGUCCAUCCUGGGGUCCAUCAUCGACGCGCUCAUGGUGGGCUGCAUGUUCGUGAAGAUCUCGCGGCCGCAGCAGCGAGCGCAGACGCUCAUCUUCAGCAAGCACUGCGUCAUCUCCGAGCGCGACGAGAAGCUCUGCCUGCUCUUCCGCAUCGGCGACCUGCGAGAGAGCCACAUGGUGGACGCCAAGAUCCGCGCCAAGCUCAUCAAGUCACGCCAGACCAAGGAAGGGGAAUUCAUACCACUGGAGCAGUCGGAAAUUAACCUGGGGUAUGACACGGGUGGAGAUCGUCUGCUGCUGGUCGAGCCACAGACCAUCACGCACGUGAUCAACAACAGCAGCCCCUUCUGGGACGUGGGGGGCGAGUCGCUCAGGAGGGAGCGCUUCGAGAUCAUCGUCAUCCUUGAAGGCAUCGUGGAGGCCUCGGGUAUGACAUGCCAGGCUCGGACGUCCUACACAGAGGACGAGAUUCUGUGGGGUCACCGCUUCGAGUCGUGCAUGCUGCUGGAGGAGGGGGCCUUCCGCGUCGACUACGGCGCUUUCGACAAGACCUUCGAUGUGCACACAUCGCCCUCCAGUGCCAAGGCCAAGAGCGAGGAGAAGGAGAGGGAGGUCAAAGGUCAUCUAACACCAGAUUAGUCCACUUAGACUCUCUUCAGCCUGCUGUCUGUGAU